AUGGUUCGACAGUCAUGGGAGACAGGCUCCUUUCUUGCACAGCGAAAGGUGCAAGAAGCAAAAGCUGCUCAGGAAGAGAGGAAAAGACUAGAGGAGGAGCGACAAAGAGAGCUGCGCAAUGAGAGAGAACGACAUGCGCAGGCUAAGGGACUUGUGAACGGGAAGAUUGUAGAUUAUGAUCAAGUCAAGGAGAAAGGAGGAGCACUUGGCUUCAUGUACGAAGCUCCUCCAGGGCUUGAACAGAAAGAUAAAGAUGGCAAGAAGUCGGCUGAGGCAAAGACGGAGUCUGAGCAGUCCGUCAAGAAUUCAGACAAGACUGCAGGCAGCAGGCCAGGCAAUGUUCAGCCGCUUGGCAUUGAAGUACGCGAUGUCAGAUGCAUUAAAUGCAAACAAUGGGGACACCAACUUGGAGACCCUGAAUGUCCAAUGCGCGCACAAACGGUCGAGGCAGAGAAAUACAGGCAACAAAUCGAAGACCCUCUCCUGGUUUUCGAUGGAAGUUCUGGAGCUGUAGUCACCGACAGGUUGAGUCUGAGGCGGGCAAUCGAUGGUGUGCACGGAGGAGCGUCUGUGGAUGCAGCCAACAAUGAGAUUUUGUUGUCCGACGACGAAUCAGAUAUGGGUGCUGCCAUGAUGGGAAAAGCGGCGAAGAAAGAGGCGAAGAAGCGAUUGAAAGAAUUGAAGAAAAAGCUAAAAGCCGACCGCAAGAAGCACAAGAAGGAGAAGAAGAAGUCGAAAAGUAAAGGAUCGUCUGACUCAGACUCUUCAUCCAGUGACAAUCGUGAAACCGACCCUCGAUCAUCGCAUUCGGAAAAGAGUAGCGAACAGAGGAGGCGAAUGGAAACUUCAAGAUUUGAUGAAAGAGAUAGGGGCAGAGACUUUGAUCGUGACAGAGACAGGGACAGGGACAGGGACAGGGACAGGGACAGGGACAGGGACAGGGACAGGGACAGGGACAGGGACAGGGACAGGGACAGGGACAGGGACAGGGACAGGGAGCGAGACAGGGACAGGGAGCGAGACAGGGACAGGGACAGGGACAGGGACAGGGACAGGGACAGGGGAAGAGACAGAUAA